AUGCAACUCUCCUCAGAUUCUUACGUUGUUUUUGAAAGUAUCACUCCAUUGGACCAGCAAGUUUUCGGAUUGGUGCUGAAUCGUGAGGCAUUCGUGCCAGCAACGCUCUCUGCCCAUCUGGAUUCUUUCUUUGCCGAGUUGAUCCUCUCUCGCCUGGCCUUAGACACAAAGGCUUAUACCACGGCUCUGGGGGAGGUCAAUUUCAACUCAGUCGUCGACUCCAUAGUCGACCUUUUCGACAGCAGUCUGCGAUACGUCGCCAAGAAUGACAAGUGGUCUCCCCUGGGCCGGGAAGUAUUCCGACAGCAAGUCGGCUCAUUUGUAUCAAGGGGAGCAAAGGUCGAGUUUUGCCUCCCUGCAUUUCCUUGCAAGUCAUCCAGCAAGAACAAAGUUCUCUCCGACUCACCAGAUCGAGGAGAACACAUUGCGUUAUCCAACCUGCACACAUUCAUACAAAAGAUAGAAGCGGUCUAUCCACCCGGCGGCAAACUUUGGAUCAUCAGCGAUGGCCACGUUUUUAGCGAUUGCAUUGGCGUUGAUGAUAUGACUGUGGACAAGUAUGGGGCACAACUAAAAGCCAUGAAUAAAUCGAUUGCCGAUAGCCGCGGUGGCAAGGAUCGAAUUGGAUUCAAGAGCUUACCUGAUUUGUUUGGCAUCGAGAGCCAAGGCAGUUUUGGACACUUACGCCGCAUCAAAGAGCAUCUCCCGGAAACAACGCGGUAUAUCAGUACCAAAACAACAGAGGAAGCCGAUUUGUGUCGCAAAGUCUUGACAAUGGGAUUUCGACCAGGCAAUGAUGAGUUGCAGGAGCUUAUCAGUGUAAAAGAUGCAGCAUUACUCGCCUUGUAUCGUGGGUUCUCAAGAUUCAUGCUUGAAGAUCUCGCCACGAAUCGGUAUACAAGCCAUCUCAGCCGGGCCCAGCUGAAAAAGAGAUCAGCAAAGGUAGCCAAGGAAAUGAUUCAGCGGAAUCAAUGCUAUUCCAACUUGGUGCAGAUGCUUUUUCCACACCAUGUGCGAUUAUCUAUACACGCUCAUGACAAUUCUGGGCCAAAAUUUGGCAUUCAGAUGUUGGGGAAGGGCGUUGUGCCGACAGAUGUCUUUCCCCCUAAUGCCACGACUGUUGAUUUCUGUGAUCAACUGCACGUACCCACGCCUUGGCACAACUGUAUCGUCCAGAUUGAAGGGCAUUCCGAGUUGUAUAUCACAAAGGCCAGCGCAAUUUGGCCAGCAAUCAGGGCCGGAGAUGCCAAGCUGGUCAGGGAUGGCGAUGCGGGGGAAUAUGUCUAUUUUAAGGGAUGCAAAUGA